GUGGUGUGAACCCAGCCUUAGGCUGCAUUCAAACCAUGUUUUUGCAAUACAGUUCCCCAAACAGUGUAAUUUUUUGUAUAAACAUAUUUGGUAUCGCCCCAUGCGUAAAUGUCCGAUCUAUCGUAAUAUAAUGUUAAUGAUCCAGUACGGUGAAUGGCUUAACCGUAAAAAAUAAAAAAGUCCAAAAAAGCUGCUUUUGACACAUUUUAUUCCAAAUAAAAUUAAUAAAAAAAUCAUCUAAAAGUUUUAUAUAUGCAAAUGUGGUAUCAAUAAAAAGUACAGAUGAAGGCAAAAAAUUUGCCCUCAUACCGCCCUAUAUACGGAAAAAUAAAAAAGUUAUAGUUGGUCAAAAUGGGGCAAUUUUAGAUUACUGAUUUUGUACAAAAAGUUUUAGAUUUUUUUUAAGCGGCACAAAAAUAUAAAAGUAUCUAGCCAUGGGUAUCAUUUUAAUCGUAUUGACCCACAGAAUAAAGAACACGUAAUUUUUACCAUAAAUUGUACAGCGUGAAAACGAAACCCUCCAAAAUGUGCAAAAUUGUGUUUUUUCAUUUAAAUUUCCUCCCUAAAAAAAUAUUUUUUUGGGUUCGUCGUACAUUUCAUGGUAAAAUGAGAGGUUUCAUUACAAAGUACAAUUGGUCACGCAAAAAACAAGCCCUUAUAUGGGUCUGUAGAUGGAAAUAUAAUAGAGUUAUGGAUUUUAGAAGGCGAGGAGGAAAAAACAAAAACGCAAAAAUAAAAUUGGCCUGGUCCUUAAGUAGAUUUCCUUUGUAAAAGAAGAUGAAUUUCCCGCGUCUCAUCACAUUCACCAAAGCUCGUGAGAAAUCAGACUUAUGGGAAAAUGGAGAACAAAGAAAAAAGAAUUUCUCCAGGAACAGUAAGGUGAACAUUUCUGGGGAGGAGGCAAAGACCUUCUAUGAGAGUCUUCUGUCCAGUGAAGGAGAGCAGUCCAAGAAACCUUCCCGAAAACGCAGGCGGGUGGCCGCACCUUCACAUGAAGGAACAGAAGGACAAUACCAGAACAGACCAGUCAUGGCUGCCCCGGGUUCUACAGAUGAGAAGAAUGGCUACCAGCUACUGAAAUGUUCACAACACGGGGACCUUAAAGGGGUGAAGAGGCUUCUGGAGAAGGAGAACUGUAACGUCAAUUUUCAGGAUGGUUAUUUCUGGACGGCUGUGAUGUGCGCUGCUUAUGCAGGGAAAAAAGAAGUCGUAAGUUAUUUACUGAAAAGAGGUGCCGCCUGGGUCGGGGUGUGUGAGACCAAAGGCAAGGAUGCUUUGGCAUUAGCAGAAGAUGCUGGGCAUCGGGACGUUGUACAGCUACUACAAGAUUCCCUGCGAGAUCACCCUCCAGAGUUACCUCCAAGAACCCCUCCCCCGGAAAGAAAAUACUGCGAGGUGUGCAAGACUCACUACCAAGAAGACAGCAUCGAAACUCACGAACGCUCCACAGUGCAUCUCUUCAACAAGAAAAAGAAGCUCCCUCCCACCUUCUACGUCAUCCCAGAACAUAACAUCGGAUUCAAGAUGAUGCUGAAGGAAGGCUGGGACUCUGAGGCAGGACUGGGACCCAGUGGGGCGGGCAGGAAGUUCCCUGUUCAGACAGUUCUCAAGAGAGACCAAAAAGGCCUCGGCUUCCAAAGUAGUGACAAGCCAAAGGUCACCCAUUUUGCUGCUAAUGACACUACAGCAGUAGCCAGGUCGGCUAUAACACACAAGAGAACUCAAAGAGUGGCUACUGUCAGCAAGAAAGAGGAGAGAAGGAAGGAGGCAAAGGCCAAGGCCUGGGAGCGAGAUCUGAGGACUUACAUGAAUAUUGACCUGUAGUAGGAUUGUGGUUACAUAGAUGUGUAAAGCCUAUAAAGACCAGUACAUGAAGGGUUAAUCCAAUGAUAAAUCAAGGCUACCCACAGGCAGUCCACAAAAACCCUAUGUUUCCCAAUAUACUACAGAAAAUCCCAAUUGUAUAUUGAUUAUACUAGAUCUCUUAUGCACUUGUACUGCUCCUAAUGCCUCUUUCCAGGAUUACUUACCUAUACAGUGAUCCCUCAACAUACGAUGGUAACUCGUUCCAAAUGAACCAUCGUUACUUGAAUUUAUCGUAUGUUGAGGGAUACGUGCUAGAGAUGAGCGAACUUACAGUAAAUUCGAUUCGUCACGAACUUCUCGGCUCGGCAGUUGAUGAC